AUGGCUUUGGCUCGCACGGCAAGAGCCUGCACAAUGCGGUGCUCUUCGGUGACAUUGCUGGACAGUACCUGGCGCAAGCAGUUGGGCGACAACUGGCUUUCAGGCUAUCACGGCUUGCGCUGCAUCUCGCAGCCGGUCGAGCUCAACGGCAUUGACGGCCCUGUGGGGCCAAUCGCAGCCGUGGCUUUUUCAUCUGCCAGCCAGGCAAGCGGAACUCCCGAGGAUGAAGCCUCAAGGCUGGCGGUGGCUUCCACGGGGCUUCAUGCCCAGAUCAUCGUCUUAGACUGGAGGUUGAACGAGAUCUUCAGCCGCUUCACGCUCCAGGAGGAAUUGUCGAGGAUAGAUUUUUGCCCACUGGACUCCGACAUGCUGUCGGGCUCCAAUUUUGGCUCCUUCGACAUCUUUCUCCUGAGGGACCUCUCAGCAGUGGAAGAUGAGGAGGCUGAGGCGCGGCUGGAAUCCAAAGUGCCCUGCCUUAGAGCUGCUCUCUCCGCGGCUCUACCCCUUCUUGAGAUCACGAUUGUCAGCACCACGAUUUUUCUACGUUUCUUCGUUCAAGCCUGGUUGUGGAAGCCCAACAAGGACAUCGCUCUGUCCCUCAACCAGAAAGAAAAUUCGAUCCAGGGCAAGAUCUUUUCAAGAAACUUCUUCCCUGAAGACGGCCUCGACGGCCUUCCCAAGCACUACGAGCUUUCUGUGUUUCAAGCCUACACGCUUCAGGAGUUGAUCAAGGUUGCGGACCAGAAGUACCACGUGCAGCUCGACUACCUCGACCAGCAGGUGCUCCUGCUCCGCGAGAUCCAGUGUUACCUCAACGCGACCGGCUUCUCCCUCGUGAAGAUGGCAGAUGGCUCCGGUCCUGGAGGCGGAGGCGGUAUCCCGCUUCACGAAUUUCGUCGCGAGGUACCGCCCGGUUGGGCUCCAGGAAUCCCCGACUACCCGCUGCGAUUGUUCUUCGAACGAUUGAAGCUUUGGUGUCGGAUAUAUGAAGGAGAUGACACCAUGGUUGGUCCGUUGGUGGCUGGACGCCUGCAAGGCAAAGCACAGCGGCUGGGCAUGCAGCUGCGGCUGCGCCGCCCGGACGGCGGCACGGACGUCGGCUCUGACGCUCUAGUCCGUCUUUCAGUCGAAGAAGUGCGAGAUCCGGCCAACCCGGCACUGAUUCUCCAACAUGCGAUACCGUCCGGGGUACAGGCUCUCUGCAAUUCGUUGAGGGAAGCCUUUGGGAUGUCGGAUCAAGACCUGGUGUCGAAAUCCAUCGAAGAUCUGAUGGAAUUCCGGCGAGGCAAGCUGACUUUCCCGGAGUACGCCAUUGAGUGGGAGAUUCCGCGAGACCUUCGGCGAUUGGCUCUGCGCUUGGUGAAUCGCAGCAACGACAGCGACCACUUCUACCAGGACGACGACGCCUGGGAAGAAGGUUACCUCCCAGAAGCUGAAUGGGACGACGUGUACUGGGCAGAGGACGACUGGUCCUGGAUGUCCGACUACCAGGAGAUGUAUGACGACUGGUACGGCGAGUACGAGGAGGACUAUGAGCAAGGCCAGUGGUACGGCGAGGACGCAGAGGAUGAGCAAUGGCACAGUCCCGAGAAAGAAGGUGAGGAAGCCUCUGGAAUGGACAGCGGUGGACCCGCGUCUUCCACGACAACCUUGGCAGCGCAAGAGAGCUUCGCCAUGAAAGGAGGAAAAGGCAAGGGUUUUGGCUGCUCAAUAUGUGGCUCCCGCUGGCAUUCGGCCUCGUCCUGUCCGGUGAAUGGCAGUGGCAAGUCUGGAGGCAAGGGCAGGUCAUCCAGCAAAGGCUAUGGCAGCAAAGGCUAUGGAGGCGGCAAAGGCUAUGGCAACAAGAGCUUCGGUGGCAGUGGCUACAAGGGCAAGAAAGGCUAUGGCAAAUCCAAGUCCAAGGGCAAGCGAUGGGCUCCCCGUGGCUGGUCUUCCAAAGGCAAAGGCUACUACGGCUUUGCAGAGAAAACCUUGACACAGAGCUUUGGUGAAAGCAAGCCACAGAUCACUCCUCCAAAGAACAAGGUGAAGAAACUUCGGCUGAGGACGCCGAGGAUCCAUCGACCUCCUCCACGGCGGCCACGACUGCCAGAGUCUCUCAGCUACCACACGGUGCUGGGCGAGAAACGACGAGGUCUGCUGGUGGACCCUGGGGCAGCUUCAGGCCUCAUUGGAUCCGAGACGCUUCGAGAUCUCAUCUCAUGCCUUCCUCCUGACCAACAAGGAGACAUUUCUUGGAACUAUGAGAAGUCCAACAAUGUGUCUGGAAUCAACGGCACUCCGGAGACCACGUUGGGCAUGGUGAACCUUCCCUUGAGCUUCUCAGGAGCUCACGGGUCCUUCUCUGCGGAUGUCCUCGGCGGUGAAGGCUCACUUUGUCCUGCUCUACUCUCGAAUCCUGCUCUACGACGGCAACAGGCUUCAAUCUUGACAGACUGGUUUAGCAACGGCGAUGGCUGCCUGGUUGUUCGCUCCAGUAAGCUUCAAGAGAAUGGACAUCGGAAGAAAGAUGUUGAUGCAAGUGAAUGGUGCUACCUUCGAUUGCUUCUCACUGAUAGUGGUCACUACCUGCUACCUGUGGAUGACCCUCGGGAUGCUCCUUUGGCAUCAACUUUGGAGGAAGCUGUGAAAUUCUCGGAAGAGACUCCAUGCACUACCAUGGCAGCAUCGACCACAUCUCCAGACUCCGAACCAGAGACCCUCUGCGCUACCAGAACAGCAUUGAUCACCGAGCCAGAGACAUCAUGCGCUACCAGAUCAGGGCAUCUUCAGAUAAGGCAUCAAGCGACCAGUGGCAAGUCAGGCAAGCCCUUCCUGGACGAUCAGAGCACCGCGCUAUGCGACACCUGGACCAUCGAGGGCAACCACCUGGUCCGACAUCAUCGGGUUCCGCGUCGCAUUCUCUUCAGUCCAAAGUGUGCUCUCGACUGCCCUGUCUCCGAGGCAAGAGUGCUGGGCUCCAGGAUCACCGAACUCAAGCCUGUGAGACAGAAGGGAUCGGGUCGUAUCCUGGAAGAUGACUGGAUCACAUCCUCCAAUCCCAACAGAGACCUUUCUUAUCUGUGGACUGGUCGCACUCGCAUUCGACUUUGCCCCGAAAGGCUGGAACCGGUUCCGACGACUAUGGCAUCGACUACUUCACUGCCGUCUGUGUCGAUGGCACCAGAGCUCUUCCCGAACUACGAUGGCGACUCUUUCCCAGAUCAUUGGGAUGACGACCGCAAAGAGCAGUCCAAGAAGUACUACAAGGCGAUUCCGGAGCAGUUCUACACCAAGACAGGUCGAAGGCCAAUCACGCCCAAGAAUGUGAAGUCUUGGAUGGCGACUGCGAAGGGUCGCGGUCUGUGUUUCCAAUUCUGGGAAUGGUGUUCCGGCUCGGGAAGAUUGAGUUUGCUUCUGCUGAUGGCAAACUUCAUCGUUGGCUUUCCAGUCGACUAUCGAUACGGCUGGGACCUUGCGCAUCCUCCUCACCAACGUCUUCUACAUGAAUGUCUGACGGAGUUCAAGCCGGACAUGCUCUUCGGUGCGCCUAGCUGUGGUCCCUGGUCAGUCGCUUCGGCCAACAAAGAUCCUGUCAAGCGACUGGAAGAUCGGAACCGUGAACUUCCAACUUUGGAGUUCCUUCACGACAACAUGCUGUGGCAGCACGACCAAGGACGAGCUUUUACCACGGAACAGCCUUUCGUCUCGGACAUGUUCAAGUCCAGUCCCAUGGCUCGACUUCUGAACCACGAAGGAGUUCGUCUUCAACGCUUUGACCAAUGCAUGCUGGAUGCACAAGAUGAAACGGGGCGACCUGUGCGCAAGGCCACAGGUUUCUUGAGUAACCGCACUUGGAAGCACAUCCGCAAGCGCUGUAAUGGUCACAAGGGCCGUCCUCAUGGUGUUCUCCAAGGACGAUGGAAUGGCUGUAAUCGCGCAGCCUUGGCAGCCGUCUAUCCUAAACGGUUCUGUCACGCCUUCGGCCAAGAUCUUUGGACACUUCUGCGGGCCGACGGUGCUACGUCACGGAAGACAUGGCCGCGAUCUUUGUUCUGGUUGCGUGAGCGCUACUACUCCUGCCAGCGAUGUCAACUUGGUCGUGGCUGCCCAGCUCACAUCGAGCACACCUUUGUCCCUGGUGAAUGUCGCGUGGGCCAGCCGGCCAUUCGAGCCUCGCGGGAGACACCGCCAGCACAACCACCUGCGACAUCUCCAGAACCACCCUCGCGAUUGACUGUUGGUGAUCUUGAGGAUCCCACGGGUCCUUUCAAAAUGUUGGCUCGCAGUGGCGACUACAGUAUGAUUGCCCUGUCGUUGGACGCCACAGUCAGUUUUGCGCCCGAGAAGCGGUUGUACCUCAAAGCAGCGUUGGUCCAGCUUAUCCAGUCCUGCGUCGGUAUCUUUUCUGAGGCCACUGGCGCUGACUAUGAUCACUGGUUCUGGGUGUGCUGUGUUCGCUGCGGCCAUGGCGGCGAAAAGGUUCCUGAUCCAUAUUUGUCCUCCUCCUGUGCACCGAUUCGGCAGCUCAUUCGCGGCAGCCUUAAAUCUUGGCAUGUGCAAGCGCCGGAGGACAUGCGUCUCAUGUCGCACUCUCAGCUGCAUGCUGCCGUCGAAGAAGCUGACUGGCAUGUUCAUGUUUUUGGCUAUGAGUCUGCUGAUGCGCGGGUGGACCGCGCCGGCGGCCGUUCCGCCGCAGCCUCGUCUCCGGUCGAAAAACAAAAUGAUGGGCAGGUGGCUCCUUCCUCGUCUGCGGCUCCUGUUCCCUUAACCUCGUCUUCAUCGCGAACCAAGCCGAGUGCUUCUUCGAUGGAGAGACCUCCGGCACCACCAGCGGCGGCGCCGGCGUCAGAAGACGACAUACGUCCCUGGAACGAAGAUGGAGCCAUGGAAGAGGAACCAGAUCAGGCCGAGGAAGAAGAAUUCAAAGCAGUUCGACCGGAUGAAGAAGAGAAAGUGCUCAAGCCCCUGUUCGACUUCAAGAAGGUCUACAAGAGGCUGCAGAGCGACAUUGUGUCGAAGGAUCCUCAGAUGGCAAAGCGGCUGUUGCUGGGUUUGCGUGAGCACUACCACUGUCAAGAUCGGAUCUCAUGCUGGAUCUUUCAAUCAGCGAGUUCAGCUGUGGACUUGUUUCAGUACCAAGAAGUCUGGAUCCUUCUCAUGGUGGACGAGGCAACGCGAUACAAGGUGGCCACCGACGUCGAGAGCCGCGAGUACGGCCACCUGCUCUCCAAGAUGCUGGACUCAUGGUUCGUUGUGUUCGGCCCUCCUCACCAACUUGUGCUUGAUCAAGCGUCCAGUCUCAUGAGCCAUGCUGCAGGUCGAGAAUUGGAGAGGUUUUCGAUAGAGCGAGUGCCGAAGGGCACAACCUCCGGCGCCGCAGGCAAGCAACAUACCGGGGCAGGAUUCGUAGAAAGGCACAUUGAAUUGGUGGAAAUCACAAUGCUCAAGUUGGCUGCCGAGCUCGACCGUCAGGGGCUUCGUCUGACGCCAGGUGAGCUGGCCAAGGAGUCCGUGAUGUCGCACAACCAGAGCCUAAACUAUAAUGGGGCCACGCCAUCCAUGGCUGUCUUCGGAAUCCUUCCUCGCCCGUUCUAUCAGGAGGACAGCAACAACAUCACGGCGGUGGCUGGGGUUCUUCAAACUGACAUCACCCCGUUCAAGAAGGCUCUUCGAAUAAGACAGCUUUGGCUUUCCAUGGUUCAGCGUGCGGUGGCCGAAGACAGGAUCGCACGAGCCGGGCGCACCAGGCCACAUCAGCUGGACACCAACACCCUAGUUCCGGGCACCUCCGCGAUCGACUUCUACCGAGAGGUUCAAGGCGAUGUUGGCUGGACGACCCUACCUGGUGAGCGGCGCAUCAGGCCACAUACACCGGGAGUGUUCCUGGUCAUGGACGGCGAGCAAACCUCCGACUUCCAGUGGCUGCAGGCCAUGGUGGUGAAGCUUUCUCCUCAUAAGGCUGUGACCAUUGGAUGGGUUCCUGAGAUAUCCAACCACUGCACUUCCUGGCGCCGGGCCUCCUCGAGUUCUCUCUCCUACUCCGACGCAUGGGUGAAGAUUGUGUCACUUGGAAAGGCCCUGUCGAACCACAACGUUGGUGGCGCCAUGCUGGGCCAAGGUGUACGAGUGAUCCAUCCUCCGAAAGGAUCAUCUGGAGUCCUUCUGUUCUGGAGACAAGGACAAGAAGGAUACGGUAGCCAAGAGCACAACGACGACACCCCCUUGGCCAUGAAGAAAGUCACUGCCCAUGACAUUGACCAGCUUGCCUUCAUCUACGUCUUCUACUAUGUCAACGUGGCGUAUGAGCCGGCCUCUAAGAUGAAGGUGAUACCGUCCGAAGGAGCGCUGGAUGAGGCACAGCCCAUGGAGGUAGACUCAUCCGCAAGACCUUGCAAGACCUUCCUCUCCGAUCCGCAGCUCAGCGGACGACUCCAUGGAUGUGGACAUCGAGGCUGCCGCUCCUUCUUCCUCGCCAAGAAGAGCAAGCUGGAGAACCUGGUGGAGUACCUUUUCUCAGAGAAGGUGGUUCCUCUGGAGUCCCCUUCGAGCUGGCAAGCUCCUGACAAUCGCUUUGCCAUGGCUCAAUGGGACAUCUACAUGAGCCGAGUCUUUGAGAAGUCCAAGAAGGAGUUCGUGACUCACAACCAUCUGUUCGUCUGGCCAGGCAAGCGCCAGGAGACAGUGUUCGCGGACCUCCUGUACGGGGAAUUGUACAAGACGGAUGACGAUGUAGACAACAUCGCUGAGGAUGAAGUGUACGGCGUGUGGCCUCUGGUGGAGGAAUCCGAUGCGUCUGAGAUAAAGCAAUUUGUGGACACGGGCAGCUUCCAGAAAAUGCACAUCAACUCCUUGACCGAGGAGAUUGUUCUGAUAGACUCGGUGUGGAUUAGGAAGUGGAAGCGCAUGCCAGACGGCAGCCGGCGGGUGAAGAGCCGCCUGUGUGCCCGUGGCUGCUUUGACAGCCAAAAGGAAUUGCUGUCGACGCGCUCGACGACAGCAACCAGACUUUCUCAGCGCAUGCUCCUCAGCACCGCGGCAAAUUCCUCAUGGGAGAUCGAAUCGUGGGACGUGAGUGGGGCCUUCCUAAAAGGCCUGUCCUUCGACAAGGUUCGCGAGAUCCUCCAGUCCAAGGGCAUCACUACUCCAGUCCGUCGUGUUGCAGUGAUGGCUCCAGCGAACGUGUGGAGGCACCUUGGCAACUUCAGCCCAUCCUUCCGCGUCGACCUCUCCAAGACCCACGAGUACGUUCUUUUCUGUCUGAAGCCGAUCUAUGGGCUGAAUGAUGCUCCCCUGGCCUGGCAACUUUGUCUCCAUGGUCAUUUGGAGGAACAAGGCGGGCGUGCUAGUCUCCUGGAUGAGAACCUGUUCUACUGGAAGGAGGGAAGUAAACUCAAGGCCAUCGUGACUACCCAUGUCGACGAUUGCGGCGCCGGAGCCAAACAUGAGUGGCUGACUCAGCAGCACAAGCUACUGAUGGAGAAGUUUGGCAAGGUUACUCGGCAAACUCUUCCCUUCGUUCAUUGCGGUGUUCAGUAUUCCAAGAUACCGGAUGGCUUCCGCAUGACCCAGGAUGAUUUCUGCAAGAAGCUCAAGCCGGCGAUGAUUCCUGCUAGCCGCAAGGAUCAGGAAGUUCAGGAAGACCUCACCCCUGCCGAGGUGACGUCGUUCCGCUCGAUGCUCGGAGCACUGCUUUGGUUAACCGCCACGCGGAAACUCCGCGGCCCCCUUCGAGUGAUGUGCAUCCAUGACAGCUCAGCGGCUGGGAAUAUCCGCCAUUAUGCGCAAGAAGGCAUUCUUGUCGUCCUGGCCGAGGACAAGCUCCAGAACCUCACGGAGUACGAACACGGCCUCGAAGCGGCCUCCUUGCUGACCGUGAGAUUGGCCGAGCUGUUGUACGUUCCGAAGCCCAGCAUCCACUCUCUUCUUGCAGUUCAGGAACGCGGUGUACGGCAGCUGCCCAUCGACGACCUGGGUGAUAAAGGACAGCGGUUGUAUGUCCUUGCCUUGAGAGAAGCUCGUAUGGCACAACGCCUGCGCUGGAUUGGCUUGGUUCCAACCGCAUCGAUGACUGCGGAUGCUCUCACAAAGAGCAUGGUGGCUCCGCCGAUGAUGCAGCUUCUGUCUUCCGGGACGGUUUCGUUCUUCAAUGAGGAGAAGCAUGCAAUCACCUUGCGCACUUUGCCAUUCAUGGCCCAGGUAGAAGAGCACCACCUCGACCUCACAGACAAGGAGCUGAUUCGUGAAGUUGGCACCCUGACUACGGCCUUGUGGUGUGCCUCACGGUCCUCCUCAUCACGAGCUACCUGUUUCUUCUUCCUGGCGACCUUGGCGGCUACGACAUCCACGGCGGCGGCUACUACCAGCACGACCUCGACGUCUACGAGUGCUACGGCCUCUACUCCUUCAGCGGCUUCCGAGGCGGACGACAACCGGUCCCUGUUGACGUUCGUGGCACUGGUGCUUUCAACUGAAUGGCUCCUCUGGGGUUUUGCUCGUUACUGGUGGCAACGAAUGUGCUCACGCCGAGCGACAUCUCCUGCCGGAGAAGACCCCGGGUCCGAGGAUCAGUCACCAAUGGACGUCGAUGCCUCGAACCUAAACUACGAUGACACCGCUGACGAUCGUCCGGAUGCUGCCGAUGCCUAUGUCCAGGCAGAUGUGCCACCUCUGACUUCGUUGGCCCAGCACGACGCAGUCUCCUUCAGGCAUGUGGAUGACAGCGCCAUGCUCGUUUCCAACUGGGCACUGGAACACAUCCGAGCUCUUGAGGACAAGGUCAGGGAGCUGACAGAGAGUGAGCGGGCCGUCUACGAUGAAGUCCGUGUUCUGAGGGGCAUGCAUGACAAUCAUAUCGAGACAAUAGGGCGCCUCAAUCGUGAUCUGUUGCGAUUUCAAGGCAUGGACCCGAAUGGGUUGGACCUCUAUGAGCUCAAUGAAUUUUCCGUUACCUUCACAGAUCACACCUGGCUCCUGCCAGCGAAUGGCAGAUUAGCCUUGGCUGCAGAAGAGGGAGCCAUCUUCAUUGUUUCCAGCGGCCUUGGCAUUGAGGAUGCAGACAACCGCGCCCAGCAUCUGGAUGUUGACCCGGUGCCUUACUUCAUUUGCCGCAUUGCUCUUCCGUUUGGACACGCCGUGAAUGAGCAGCACGUCUUCGGCAUCAGGCCAUUCACCAACGGCUUCGUCAUAGCUGGGGCAAGCAGUCAAGUCGCCGUGUGGCAGCACCAGCAGGAUCAUGAGGUUGAUGGCAAUGCCGUGGACGCCUUCGCAAUUCCGAAGUAUGAGCAUGUAUGCACUGCCACGGUCGAUGUUGGAAAGGGUUCAGCUGUUGCUUCUUUGGACCUCGUUGGCGGUCGAGACGAG